UCACACUGAUAAUCCUGCAGCGGCAGGACACUGCAGACUGCAUCUCAACCAAAAAGGAGAACUCAAAGUCUUAGGACUGCUGCUAAACUCGAAGAGGAAAACUACUUUGCCCGGCUGCUUUUGGAUUGGCUUUACUUGGUCCAGUUCUCCGGCGGAUACUGAGAUUUCACUUUUCUUUCUUUUAAAAAGGAGCUUUCCUUAUACUCAGGCUUACUGGGGCUAUUUAACCAGCUACACUACUGGGGAAUCCCUCUUUAGUUCCUCUGACUUUGUGAUUUGCUGCAGAAAUGACCAACGAUUGUGUUUCAGGAGGGAGAUAGUAGGAGUUGUGGCCUUUUUUCAGUUUGACUGCCUUUUUCUUGGAACUGAGCGCCUCCCGUCCCGGAUUGGCGUCGGCAGGAGUGGUGGAGUCCGUGCGGAGCGUGCUGGGAGGUCACGGAGCACGUGCAGCUGGAUGCAUGAGAGGCCUUCAUGGGCCUGAAGGACCAUCUGGAGGAUGGAACAGGCCACAUCCUCAGCCUGGGGCUGGAUCUGGACUACCUCCACGUGGAUGGCGCUGAGCGGCAGGCCGCUGCAAACACCGUGAGCAGCUCGGGCGUGCUACAGGUCAGGAGCGGCGCCCCGAGGAAGAGCAGCGACAGCACUGACGGCAGCAGCAUCAGUCUCAGCACUCACUCCAGCUUCAGCAGCAGCAGCAGCUGCAGCAACUUCUCAGAGGAGAGCGCUGUCUCUGACAGCGAGGAUGAACGACUCCAGACCGGCUCUGGAUCUGGAUCUAAAAGAUCCCUCCAAAACCAGAGAGAGCACCAGAGAGAGUCUUCCUCAGACUUCCAACCAGUCAGGCUGGACCUGGUCCUGAACCUGCUGCCCGGAGAUGCCCCGCAGACGCAGACCUGCCCCCCAGCUAGUCUCAUCACAGACUGCCGCGGCAAGGUGGAGUUCGCCCUCAAGCUAGGCUACUCCGAGGAGCUGGUACUGCUGGUGCUCAAGAAGCUGGGCCCAGACGCACUUAUCAAUGACAUCCUGGGAGAGCUGGUCAAACUGGGAACCAGGACGGAGAUGGAGCAUCAAGGAGGCGCCGCCUCGCUGCUGUCUUCUCUGUCCCCCUCUGUGACCUGCUCCUCCUCCUCCUCCGGCUCCUCGCUGGAGUCUUGUCGAGGGCCGUACCCCAGUCCCACGCCGGAGGACCUGGACAACCUCCGGCCCGUCGUCAUCGAUGGGAGCAACGUAGCCAUGAGUCAUGGGAAUAAGGAGGUGUUCUCCUGCCAAGGAAUCCAGCUGGCUGUGGAUUGGUUCUUGGAGAGAGGCCACCGGGACAUAACUGUGUUUGUCCCGGCCUGGAGAAAGGAGCAGUCGCGACCUGAUGCUCUUAUCACAGACCAAGAGAUCCUGCGGAGACUGGAGAAGGUGAAGAUCCUGGUUUUCACUCCAUCCCGCCGCGUACAGGGACGGCGUGUGGUUUGCUAUGACGAUCGAUUCAUCGUCAAACUGGCGUAUGAAUCGGAUGGCAUCAUUGUUUCAAACGACAACUACCGGGAUCUCGCCAAUGAGAAGCCGGAGUGGAAGAAGUUCAUUGACGAACGGCUGCUGAUGUAUUCCUUCGUGAAUGACAAAUUUAUGCCGCCAGACGACCCGCUCGGACGUCAUGGACCAAGUCUGGAGAAUUUCCUGAGGAAGAGGCCCGUGGUUCCCGAGCACAGGAAGCAGCCGUGUCCCUACGGGAAGAAGUGCACAUACGGCCAUAAGUGCAAGUUCUACCAUCCAGAACGGGGCAGUCAGCCGCAGCGUUCCGUGGCAGACGAGCUCCGCGCCAGCGCCAGGGUGUCGGUGGCCUCCAGAGGGCUGCUGGGACACGGCCUGGUGGCCAAGGGCCAAACGGCCGGCCAGUCCAGAGAGGUGGCUAAAGCGGAAGUGAGGCGCGGACACAAACAGCCGAAUGACAGUCCCAGGGGCUCCUUCCCCGACCUGCUGGAGGACGGGCUGCAGGUCCAUCCCAACGUCCAGGGGCGGCGAGGGAGCGACAGCAGCAGCAGCAGCAGCAGCAGCAGCAGCAGCAGCAGUGUCGUUGGAGGACUUCCAGCCCCAGGAGGCCCCCCCUCAUCGGGACGGAGGGAACAUCCCGGAGCAGGCAGUGGAGGGGGCUUCAGGCUCGCUGGAGGGUACGGAUUAGGCCCGGCUGAAUCCUAUCAGAGAUGUGAGUCGCCAGACGGGGGCCACAACUUCAUGCUCGAGGCUUAUUCUGGCCUGAGGCUGGCAGUGCCGCAGAAUCAGGAAGGCUUCUCCCCACCGUAUCUGCGGGCUUCCGACUGCAGCAGUGACGACAGCGUCGGAUCCAACUGCUUCUCUCCCGACGCCCCGCUGGAGGGCAGCCCCACCUGCCAGUAUUCCCACCCCCACCACCGGCACUACCCCGGCCAGUACGGCCACCUCUCAAGCCGGGCUUCUCCCGGGCUGAGCCAGCACUCUCCUCACGGCUGCUCUGCUCCUCCGGGGUUGCAGAGAACGCAGGCCUUCCCAGAGUCCCCUCCCCGUCUCCUGAAGUACACUUCUACACCUCAGCCCGACCGCUCACCCUUUCACAGCUGUCCAGGCGAAACUCGAAUACCCCAAACAACCAGCACCCACUCGCAGUCUCCGAGCCCGCCCCUCGGCUGCAGCCUGAUGGGCUCCCCGUGGCAGGAUGGGGGCUUCAAGGACUCCAGGGUGUACCAAGGAUCGCCACUUUACUCCAGAAGAACCUGCUCUGUGCUCAACCAGCCACCUAAGCAUCAGAUAAACUGGGAUCCUAGUUACCAAACCCCCCCUAAGCCUUACUACGACCUCUUCCCCCCGGUCCACGGAAAGGCCUGGCACUACCCUUGGAGCCCGCAGGUGCAUUCACCACCCCAUGGCAUGGCAGCCCCCCAGCAGUCCCUUCCACCCAUUACCCCCCACCAGAGUCACCUGGUAUCCCAGCACCCGGAGCCUCCGUCCCCGGGCCGAUACCAGGAGCACAGACAGAGAGUGUUUGUCAACCUGUGUGGCAUCUUCCCUCCAGGUCUGGUGAGGUUAGUGAUGACAAAGAACCCUCACGUCACGGAUGCCCAGGAGCUUGCAGCUGCUAUUCUGAUGGAGAAACGGCAUCAGGCUCAAUGAAUGCACGCACAAGAUAGCCUUUAUUUGAUCUUACUCACUUUUGCAAAGGAAACCCCUUGCAAUGUACUUCACCGUUAAAGCAGCACAAAGGAGUUUUUGUCAUUUUUAGCUCAGUCUGACCAAUUAUAGUUCACGACACUGACCGAGAUCUACUCUUGUUUGGGCCUCGCUCAGUCAGUCUCAUUCGUCUUCUGUUGCUGUUGCAACUGUAGCUCUGUGAGCUGGUUUUACUGUCGCUGAUGUGUGACAUUGUGCCAUGAAGUGAUAUAGUUGUUGUUACUUUGGCUGUUUUGUUUGUUCUGCUGGUUGCAGGGAUGGGAGAGGGCCAAAGCUAAACUUCGCUUCCUAAAUGUAAGCAAAUAUUCCUUCAAAUGAAAUUGAAACUGAUAUUUUGAUAUGAAAGAAAGUCUUUGGUGCUGUUUUAAAGCGAGGUCGGUGAUAUGCUAAGCAAAAGUACGAGAUAUGAAAACCUUUAACUUUUGUAUAGAUUACUUAUCUUCACUGCAGGGAAGUCAUCUUAUCGGUUAAUGGUAUUUUUGCAAAGGGGAAUCCCAAAAUUGCCAUAUUUUUCUACAAAUAUGCCAAUUAUUUCAGCACUUAAGAUGAGGAAAGGUUGGUGUUAAAUUUAUUUGAGCUGUUUUUAGUUGUGAGUCACAUGGCAGUAGAGAUAGGGAGUUUUAUUUAAGCUCAUUUUUAAUAUAUUUAUUUGUUACAUUUUAAGUUAUUUACAAAGUUUUAAAAUUUAUCAUUUUAUUUGCACUUUUUGUUACUGUUGUGCUUUCUCCUUAGCUUUUUUUUAAUGGGGCAAUCAAAUCAGGGUAUAUCGCAAACUUUGUCCGCCUGUUUGAGAGAAAAUAACCUUGCUUUGCAGUCACGGCGACGUCAACACUGAGUACAUAAAAGCAAACCGCCAAUCGCCACUCUUUCACACUGCAAAUAUGUUCUGAAAGCAUUUAACACUUGAAUUAGCUUAAAAAACAAAAAAACAAAACCACCAAGUGCUUGGGUUUCUGCUGACAGGUGGCAGAUCAGUUGUGAGAUUUUGUGGAUUUCCCCCGCAGAGAAGUGAAACUUUAACAGCGCCCACAAACAAAGAUAGCAAAAAACUCCACUCGGAAACCCCAGGCUGUUGUUCACCCCCGAAUAACAAUUAUUUCCUCUGCAGAAAACCCUCACAGCUGACUUCACCAUUCAUCUGCUUUCAUUACGGGUUUGAAAACACCUAUGUGUUACUUCACCUUAAAUGAAAAGUGCUAUUCUAUAUCACAAGAAGACAGUUUAGGUGGACUCAAAACUGUAUUCUUUUAAUAAAAAAUAUGUGUUAAUUUAUAUAUAUGUGACGGUAAAUGCUGUGAAUGACACACAGGCUAUUCCUUUAUCACUCAUUAUCUUCUACAAAGAUGUUAAAUAGCAGAGAUCCACAAUUCUUCUUUGCAAAUUGGAAACACCUUCCUGAAUGUAAAAUGAUCUGACUGGAUAACCAAUAUAAUAGAGGAGGGCCU